UCUUUAACCGACCCCCACGAGAAAAUAACCCCUCGGAUUUUAAGCCUAUAUAUAUGCUGUAAAUAUGCAUGUGCUUCUUCUUCUUCUUGUAAUUCCAUAAGACAAUACCAGCAGUUGAAAUUCUCAAAAAACAAAAGAUGGUGAAAUCUAAUGGAAAUUUAGAGUCUCACUUCCAAAUUCCAAAGGUUAAGUUCACAAAACUCUUCAUUAAUGGCGAAUUCGUUGAUUCUGUUUCAGGAAAUACGUUUGAAACGAUAGAUCCAAGAAAUGAGGAGGUAAUUGCAAGAAUUGCUGAAGGAGACAAAGCUGAUAUUGAUUUGGCUGUCAAAGCUGCCCGUGAAGCUUUUGACAAUGGCCCUUGGCCUCGUUUAUCCCCUAUGGAGAGGAGAAAUAUAAUGCUGAAGUUUGCAGACUUAAUCAUAGAAAAUGCAGAAGAAAUAGCAGCAUUGGAUGCAAUGGAUGCAGGAAAGUUAUUUGCUGCUGGAAAAACAAUGGACAUCCCUAGUGCAGCGCAAUUUAUGCGUUAUUAUGCUGGUGCAGCGGAUAAAAUUCAUGGGACGACUCUCAAGAUGUCACGCGAUAUACAGGGAUACACGUUGCUCGAACCAAUUGGUGUUGUCGGACACAUUAUUCCUUGGAAUUUCCCAACUCAGAUGUUUGUUAUGAAGGUUGGCCCUGCAUUAGCUGCUGGUUGUACUAUGGUUGUCAAACCGGCCGAACAAACCCCUCUUUCUGCUCUCUAUUAUGCUCAAUUGGCUAAGCAGGCUGGUGUUCCCGAUGGCGUGAUCAACGUCGUGACAGGAUUUGGAUCGACUGCUGGUGCUGCACUUUGCUCGCACAUGGACGUAGACAAGAUAAGCUUCACAGGUUCGACAGAAGUUGGGCGUCUAGUAAUGCAAGCUGCAGCGCUGAGCAAUUUAAAACCUGUUUCACUAGAAUUAGGAGGCAAGUCGCCUUUUAUAGUAUUCGACGAUGUAGAUGUGGAAAAAGUUGCACCUCUUGCUAUGAUCGGGAUUCUAUUUAACAAGGGAGAAGUUUGUGUGGCUGGAUCUCGUCUUUUCAUCCAAGAAGGAAUUUACGAUAAGUUUGUCAAGAAAUUGGUGGAGAUAACGAAAACAUGGGUGGUUGGCGAUCCUUUUGAUCCAAAUUCUCAUCAAGGACCUCAAGUCGAUAAGAAACAGUUUGAGAGAGUACUUUCAUACAUUGAACAUGGAAAGAGGGAGGGGGCUACAUUGUUAACCGGGGGCAACGCGUUGGAUCGGAAGGGUUAUUUCGUUGAGCCAACCAUAUUCACCGAUGUAGAAGAUCAUAUGAUAAUUGCAAAAGAAGAAAUAUUUGGACCUGUUUUAUCAGUAAUGAAGUUCAAGACGGUAGAGGAAGUGAUCAAGAGAGCUAAUUGUACACAGUAUGGACUAGCAGCUGGUGUUAUGACAAAUAACUUGAACAUUGCCAACACAGUUUCAAGAUCGAUUCGAGCUGGAGUUAUCUGGAUAAACUGUUACUUUGCUUUCGAUCCGGAUUGCCCGUAUGGAGGAUACAAAAGCAGUGGAUUUGAAAGGGAUUUGGGAAUGGAAGGACUUCAUAAGUAUCUUCAAGUAAAAUCUGUAGCCACUCCCAUUUACAACUCCCCUUGGCUGUAAAUUUUACAGACAUAAAGUGCAGUAAAAGAGAAUACUAUUGAUAUAUAAUAUCUCAUCUCAUGUUAUAUAACCAGACAAUAAAAUUUUGUUAUUUGAGGUACAUCCUUUUGGCUGUUUAAGUGCCUUUGUUUUUGGGAAUAGAAAAUUCAGUGUGAUAUUGUUUCA